AAUUUAACUGCGCAAAAAGUCCUGUCUGGUGACGGAUGUCCUGAGUCCAAAGAGGUUUUUCAAUGCGCGUUUGUUUCACAGAGACACAGAGAUGGGGACGGCUUGAACGCACCAGAGACCCAGCAUCUGUUUAGACGCCACUUCUCUGUUUUCACUUUGUAGUUUCAAGUGAGCAGUGAGGGACUGUGAUUUGAGCGCACCAGCUUUCAGAGGAGGGAGAAGUGGAGCUCUCCGUGACCGUCUGCCUAUUUGGGAACUUAUAUUGUCGUCGGAUCAAGGUGAAGACAUGCAGGCUCGCUACUCCGUCUCCAGCCCCAACUCACUGGGCGUCGUGCCGUACAUCAGCAGUGAUCCGAGCUACUACCGGGCCGCUGCCGGUGGAGGAUACACAGGGAUGCCAGCACCCAUGAACAUGUACUCUCAUGCGGCUCAUGACCAGUACCCAGCCAGCAUGGCCCGUGCGUACGGACCGUACACCCCGCAGCCUCAGCCUAAGGAUAUGGUCAAACCUCCCUACAGCUACAUUGCGCUCAUCACUAUGGCUAUCCAAAACUCUCCUGACAAGAAGGUGACCCUAAACGGGAUUUACCAGUUCAUUAUGGAGAGGUUUCCAUUUUACCGAGACAACAAGCAGGGCUGGCAGAACAGCAUCAGGCACAAUCUGUCUCUCAAUGAGUGUUUUGUCAAGGUGCCUCGUGAUGAUAAGAAACCCGGCAAAGGCAGCUACUGGACCCUGGACCCGGACUCUUACAAUAUGUUUGAAAACGGGAGCUUCUUGAGGAGGAGGCGGCGGUUCAAGAAGAAGGACGCGCUGAGAGAGAAAGAAGAGCGGCAGCAGAAGGACGUGCCGCCCAGGCAGCAGGGCCGGGAUCAGGAGCAGCCGGUGCAGGGCUCCCAGCCUGUCAGGGUCCAGGAUAUUAAGACUGAGAACGGCUCGGUCACGCCGCCACAGGCCGACUCACCCUCUUUGAGGACCGUGCCCAAAAUCGAGAGCCCGGACAGCAGCAGCAUGUCCAGCGGGAGCCCUCACAGCAUCCCCUCCAGCCGCUCCAUUGGCAUGGACAGCUCCGAGCACCACCAGCAGCACCACAGCCAGGCCUCGACGCAGGGCUUCAGCGUGGACAACAUCAUGACCUCGCUCCGGGGGUCUCCACAAGGGGCCACAGAGCUCAACCCCAGCCUCAGCGCCUCAGCCAGGACAGGUAUAACACCGUCUAUGUCCCUAAACUACUCCCCAAAUCAGUCGUCUGUCUUUAGCUCACAGUGUAACCAAAACUCAAUCUCCACUACCUCCAAUGCAACCUAUCAUUGUAACAUGCAAGCCAUGAGCUUGUACGCCGGGGACAGAUCGAGCCACUUGGCACCGAGCACCACCGUGGACGAAACGUUGCCAGAUUACUCUGUCACGACCACCGCGUCCUCCCUGAGCCACGGUAAUCUAAACUCUGGCCAGGAGGGCCACCAUCCUCACCAAGGGAGGCUGACCUCAUGGUACCUCAACCAGGCCGGAGACCUGGGCCAUCUGGGCACAGCGUACCCGGCCCAGCAGCAGAACUUCCAUUCAGUCCGAGAGAUGUUUGAAUCCCAGAGAAUUGGCUUGAAUAACUCGCCGGUGAAUGGGAAUAACAGCUGUCAGAUGUCAUUCCCCCCGAGCCAAUCCAUCUAUCGCACUUCGGGAGCUUUUGUAUAUGACUGCAGCAAGUUCUGACCAAAAGAAAACGAAUAAUAAGAAAGACAGGCUCCAUAUUUUUUUUAAUUUUUUUUUGCUCACGGUGUUUGAACUCUUUCAAUAAAACCCAGUCCCCCCUCUCUCCUCUCCUCUCCUCUCCUCUCCUCCGCCCACACCACACGGACUAAUAUGAGACAGAAAACAAAAACAGAAACAGAAAAAAAAAGACUUGAUCUUGGUUUUUCUAAAGAACAGUGUUACUGCCAAAUAACACGUAAGUCUCUCUUUGCUUUUGUGGCUUUUAUGUGAUAUGCUUAAGAUGUUUUCAUGGACGUGUAAAUUGCAUAUAGUAAUUUAUUUCUAAACUGUAGCCAGGAUAUUAUGGACCAAACACCAAAAAAAGUGUUUCUAAAUUGAACUGCCUUAAUUGUCCAAAAAAUAUGUUCCAUUAUAAAAAGUUAAAAAAAAGGGAACGUGUAUAUCGCCGUACUAUUUCAAAGAUUCUUCAUUUUUGUUGAAACGUAUUUUUGAAGGAUUUUGUUUUGUUUUUGUUUAAUAAAUUUGUCAUUUUAUGUGA